AUGAUCUGGGAGCUGGGCCAAGAAUCCAAAUUGGUUUUUGAGUGUACUGGGGUCGAGAGUAGUGUACACUCAGGCAUCUAUGCAACUCGUUUUGGCGGAUCUGUUUCUGUUAUCGGUGUCGGCAAGGACUUCCAGAAUAUCCCUUUCAUGCACAUGUCGGCAAAGGAAAUCGACUUGAAGUUCCAAUACCGCUACCACGACAUCUACCCUAAAGCUAUCAGAAUGGUUGCUGCUGGUAUUCUUAAUCUCAAGCCAUUGGUAUCUCAUCGGUUCGACCUGGAGGACGGACUGAAAGCAUUUGAGACAGCUAGCAACCCGGGGUCCAACGCUAUCCAGGUCCAGAUUCUGGAUGGCUAG